GCAAUAACCAAUUUGAGGUGUCAGCUAACGUGUUUAAUUGAUAAUGCGGUGCAGCAUUAUUCCGAUUGGAAGAUGUUCUAAACAUAAAUAAUGGCGAAUUGAUUGGUUGUCUCAGAUGUGCAGGGGAAUGCAUAAUUUGAAUUGUUUUCCAACAUCUUUGAUCAGUGGUUUAGUUUUGAUGCUAAUAUUCUAUAGUCGUAAUCGUCGUAAGCCAGUCGUAACGUUGAGUGUAGAUACGUGGUCGUAAGCCUCUUUGUUCGUACGGUGAUAUUUGAGCGCCUGAGAGUUUCGUCGUUGACUACAUGUUUUCAGUCAACAGUUUCCUGGUUUCAUGUAGACUUUUCAGAGGUCGUUAUCUUCAGUCAACGCAGCAGUGAGAAGUGCAUUCACGGUCGGAUCGAGUUUGUUAUGUUCGCCUCGACUUCUGUCAAUCACGUAAUUAAUUUGUGACUGCUCCGAUUUAUCAGUACGCAGGUUAGAUUACUUUCAUAUUUUGAUGCAAGCAAAAGAAGAUAAAAGUGCAUACUCUCUUCCUCGACGUUUAGUAAAGCCGUAAAAUUUCGUUUUGGUAUUUAAUCAUUUGAGACCAUACUUAGACAUGUCAUCGACAGAGCAGCUGGCUAUCAUCCAAUCAAAAUUCACCUCUGGAGAAACCGUUGUGAUUGCAACGGAAGCGCCAUUGAUACAAGGAUGGUUGAGACCAAUUAGAAUAUUAGCACUAGUUAGUAAGGGUUCUACUCACGCUUUGGUCAUCUUACUUACAUCACGCACUCCUCCUCGGGUGUUCAGCGAUCUAACCAUUGAAAGAGUUCUACCUGUUGACCAAGACUUCAAAUGCGAUAUCAAUACUGAUGAUAAACAACUGGAUGGGUUGGAUGUCCUCCUUAAUAUAGCUUCUCGAAAGCUUCAGCUAGUAUUUGAAAUGAAACCUGGAGUAGCUACCAGUGCGUUAGUUUCAGAAAUAUUCCGAGCUUUUGAUGAUUACCAGAAGAAUAAAAGCCCACCAACAGAAUACCAGUGGAUCCAAAAACUUACUGGAAACUGUCGUAACCUUGACUCUUGUACUAAUGAUGUUCAGGAUGGUUCUGACCCGCUGGUGGAACUGGAAAUUCCGGACCUUGUUGUUCCAAGACAAAAUAUUGCAAAGGGUAAGACACCAGUAGCAGCUAGGGAGUCAGUUGUCCGCUAUCAAAUGGCAUGUAAAGAAGACGAUUACACCUUUACACAAAUCUUCAGAAUAUUCAUAGGCACGUGGAAUGUCAAUGGUCAACCACCUAACGGGAUCACUCUAGAGCAAUGGCUCAGCUGCGAUCCAAAGCCGCCAGACUUAUAUGCAAUAGGCUUUCAAGAGCUAGAUUUGAGUAAAGAAGCAUUCCUAUUUAAUGAUACACCGCGGGAAGAGGAAUGGUGCCAAGUUGUCACUAAGUUUUUGCAUCCGCAAGGAAAAUACUGUCGCAUAUCUGUGGUCAGAUUGGUGGGUAUGAUGCUGAUCGUUUUUGCACAAGAGCAGCAUGUUCCAUUCAUCAAAAGCGUGUCUACUGAUACUGUUGGUACUGGAAUUAUGGGUAAAAUGGGCAACAAAGGUGGUGUAGCCUUGAGCUGUUCCAUCCACAACACAUCUGUCUGUUUUGUCAAUGCUCACCUGGCAGCACAUUGUGAAGAGUAUGAAAGACGUAAUCAAGAUUAUGCCGAUAUCUGCGCAAGGCUUAGUUUUGCCAGAUAUGUUCCACCGAAAGGUCUCAAAGAUCACGAUCAAAUAUACUGGUUGGGGGAUCUGAAUUAUCGAAUAACAGAAAUGGAAGCUAACACUGCAAAGCACCAUAUCUCUACUGAAAAUUUCGAACCACUUCUUGCGUUAGAUCAGCUUGUGCAACAGAGACGGCUUGGUAAAGUUCUUCAAGGGUACCACGAAGCUGAAAUUAAAUUCAAACCGACAUACAAAUAUGAUCCGGGUACCGACAACUGGGACUCUAGUGAAAAGAGUAGAGCUCCAGCCUGGUGCGAUCGGAUUCUUUGGAAAGGGGAUGCCAUCUUACCAAUAGAGUAUAGAAGUCACCCGGGAUUGAAUAUUUCUGAUCACAAACCUGUUAGCACGAUUUUUGACUCCCAAAUAAGGGUAAUAGAUAUAGUAAAAUAUCGUAAGAUUCACGAAGAGGUAAUGAAGAAGUUGGAUAAAUUGGAAAAUGAAUUUCUGCCUCAAGUUAUGGUUGAUACAACUGAGAUUAUAUUUGACACUCUGAAGUUUUUGGAAACAAGCAAAAAGGAGCUGAUUAUUGCUAAUACUGGCCAGGUUCCAGUCCAGUUUGAAUUCAUCAAGAAGCUUGAUGAUACGAGUUAUUGCAAAGAAUGGUUGAAGAUUGAACCCUACACAGGUUUCAUAAAGCCAGGUGAAAAGUGUGACAUUCAACUAGAGGUACAUGUAGACAAAAAAUCAGCCUGCAAGUUGAACUCUGGUGAGGACAAGUUGUAUGACAUUCUUGUUCUACAUCUUGAAGGCGGCAAAGAUAUAUUUGUCACCGUUACAGGCACGUAUCAAAGAAGUUGUUUUGGGUCCUCAAUGGAAGCCCUGGUUCAUAUACCAGUUCCAUUAAGGGAAAUACCUGUUGGGAGAUUGGUUGAAUUGGAAAAUCACAAAAACCCGUCGCUAGAACCAUACCCAGUGCCAAAGGAGGUUUGGCUUCUAGUUGACAACCUAUACCGGCAUGGAAUAAAAACCAAACAGCUCUUUGAGAGUCGUGGAUACUAUGCCGAGAUCAUUGCCAUAAGGGAUUGGCUGGACGAGGGAAGUCAGGAUCCCAUGCCUGGCUCUGUACAUUCCGCGGCCGAAGCAUUACUGUUACUUUUGGAGUCAACAGCAGAGCCUUUGGUUCCGUACAAUCUUCACAAUGUCUGUUUAACCGCAGCUACAAAUUACUCACAAUGCAAACAGAUCGUGAUGCAGUUGCCUGAACUCAGGAGAACAGUAUUUCUCUACAUCUGUUCUUUUCUUCAGGAAAUCUUAAAUCACACACAAGACAACCUCCAAGAUGCUAAAACACUCGCUAGCCUGUUUGGAUCAAUUUUCCUACGCGAUCCUCCGAGAAGCAGGGACGAUCGGAAUCAACGGAGUCGGGCCAGUCAAGUUACCUUCGAUCGCAGAAAAGCAGCAUUUGUCUACCAUUUUAUGGUCAACGAUCAAAGUGACUUCAUACUUGGUCGGUAGAUCUCGUUAAUCGGUUCAAUUAAAUUGCACGCAGCAAAAGAUAGUCAAAAGGUGAAGAAUACUCGUGAUUGAAGAUUACAACAAAUCUCUUAAUUCAGAUAUUUUUGCUUCUUCAUUGUUUUGAAAAGUCGUGAUUUUGUUUCAACAAAGUCUAGUAAGCAGAAUCAUUCAACUCAUAUGAACCGAGUUUUUUGUUAAUCGUACUCGGGAUAUAAUUUGAUUACGCUUUGCAGGAUUUUCAUGUUACUUCUUUACUAAUGACAUAGAUUUUCGAAAUUUGUUCGAAUUUGUUGUUUGACCAAGAAAUUUCGGAAAUUCUUCCAACAAGAGGAUCAUGCGCAGAUAAAAGGAAAUUUUACGAUUUUACGAGUCAUACUCAUUAGGCUGUACUAACCUUUCGCUGAAUCUCCCGAAUCCAAUCUGAUAAGAAAUCAUCGAAAGAACGGAGGUGGAGGUGAAGUAUUGCUGGCAUGACAUAAUAUAAAAAGCAUUUCACACCAUGAACCAUAUUCCUUCGCGCAAUACAAAGCUUACACAUUCGUUAAAUUAAAAAAUGUAGUUAUAAAUAAGUAUAGAGUUUGCUACGUUAAAGAUCUUUGAGUGUAAAAUAUUGGCGCGAGACUUUGCCGAGUCUCUUGAUAAGAUUAAAAUCUUUGAACCUGCCAGGGACUCAAUUACUUGAACAGUCUUGGCAGUAUUUUAUAGUAAAUAGAUGAAAUGUAACGGAACCAGAAUGGUCGCAAAUAUUCUAGCAUUCUCAGAAACCAUGAAAGCUGAGAUGACGAAUUCGCUAGAUUUUAGCACAAGAUACUUCUAAUAAAACUUAAGAAGUACCAGAAAUAAUUGGGUUUGCCGUUUCUAGAAACUUAACAUCAUCAUGUGUCCUCGAUAAAAUUAUUGCUAUAAAUAUUAAUACUUACAUUACUGUUAUACGUAAUGACUUGAAUUAAUUUCAAUAGUACCUGUACUUUUUAUUAUUAUCAAGCUUGAUGAUUUUUAAAAACAUCUGUACCGAGUCACGCCGUAGUGCUACAGAACUUGAAAAACGAUUCAACCGUCAUUACUACUAGUCUUGAUUCAAAUUAUUUGAAAAUUAGAAUCUUCAAAUUUUAGUAUUCUACAAUUAAUUUAUACGUACAAUUUAUUUCACAAUUUUUUUUCACAUACGUCGGGUCGUUCACACUUCUAGUAAUUUUCAUUCAUAACGAUCUAUGAAAGUCAUUUGUUCGCUCAACCUGAUUUCAACAUCUAAUAAAAUUCAUCACCCUCACAAUUUAUCCAUACCGAACUGUGUGGUGAACAGAUCUAUUCAUGUUUUUGUAUAUUAGGGUUUUUGUUGAUUCGCAGUAGUAAUCGAAGGAUGCUGAUAAUUCCUUAUAAAAAUUUUUAUUGUAAAAAAGAUUUAAAAUAACAUAUGUAUGGUAUCCGGAAGAUUCUUUUUUAACUCUAUUACAUCAUAACUAUAGUUUAUAGAACGAAGGGCUGCCCGAGUUUCUUGACUCAAUCCAAUAUAGGAUACGAUAUACCUGAUUCUUUAGUUAGAACUACGAGUGACUCCCUACCCCUUGGAUCCAAAGUAAUAUACAAAGUGAAAGAUAGAUUAAAUUGUUCAAAUAAUUGAUUGGCCAUUAUGUUUCGCAGGGUUAAGCGAAUAUGCUGUUAUCAUGGGAUGUCACUGUGAAAUAUUUACAAAUGAUUAAUAGUCUCCAUGAAACCGUAAAUAAAAUUAUCAUAUGAAAAUA